AUGUUUGAAAGUAUAAUUACUAUUGAAAAUGAUCCUAUGAUAUCAAUUUUACAUAAAAAACCAAGACUUAGAAAAAAGAGUUAUACUUGCAACAACUGUGGUAUUAUAUUUAAUUCAAAAUCAGGUUUAACAUCACAUUUAAUGAAAUAUGUAAAGAAGGAGAUACAUAAAUGCAUUAGGUGUUAUACAUCAUUUACACAGGCAAAUGCUUUAAAGCAACAUAUGAAAACUCACACUGAAGAUAACUCAUACUUUUUAAAACAUAUGAAACCUUUAGAUUCUGAUAUGUGUACUAAAUCAUUUGUACAAGAAUCUGAUUUGACAAUUCACAAUUUGAUUGAUACUGAUGAAAAACGUUUUAAAAGCAAUGUUUGUAAAAAAUCAUUUACAAAACCAUUUGAUUUGAAGAACCGCACAAUGACCCAUACGGGAAAAACGCUUUACAAGUGUAAUGUUUGUAAAUUAUCAUUUAGGACUAAAUCUACAUUGAGUUAUCACGUAAAGACGCAUAUAGAUGAGAUAACCUAUAAAUGCAAUGUUUGUAAAAUAUCAAGUAGGACAAAAUCAGCUUGGAAAAACCACAUAAUGACUCAUACAGGAGAAAACCCUUACAAAUGUAAUGUUUGCAAAGUAUCAUUGAGUCAUUUAUCCAGUUUAAAUCGGUAUAAGUUAAUUCACACAGGAGAAAAACCUUACGAGUGUAAUGUUUGCAAAGUAUCAUUUACUCAAGUUGGCAAUUUAAAGCGGCAUAAAUUAAUUCAUAAAAGAGAGUCUUACAAAUGCAAUGUUUGUGAAAAAUCAUGUAGGACAGAAUCUGUUUUAAAGAAACACAUAAUGACUCAUACGGGAGAAACGCUUUACAAAUGUGAUGUUUGUAAAUUAUCAUUUAGGACUAAAUUUACAUUGAGUUGUCACGUAAAGAUGCAUAUAGAUGAGAAAUCUUAUAAAUGCAAUGUUUGUAAAAUAUAA